AUGUGGAUAGCAGCGAUAAUGGCAACGUCAACGCAAUCGCCUCUUUCAAAUAAUAUUAGUGUAACAGCUUAUGGUUCAUUAUAUGGAAUGGCAUUAUUUUGUAUAAUUUUGGGUAGUAUUCGAUCAUUACAUUUUGUAAAAAAAAUGAUUGAACGUAAAAAAUUACUUGAAACAUCAAUAUCGAUGAAUUCAGCGAAAAAAUUUCCAAUUACAGCUUCAUGUGUACUUUUCGGUCUUUAUAUCUUUUUUAAGUUUGUUUAUUUUUCUCGUUUUAAUGAUGAAAAAUUUUUGGUGAAAUUUUUCUUUAAUCUAACUUUUUAUAUGAUCUUAUAUUUUAACGAAACUAUCCAACCAAAAAUGCCCGUACAAUUUCAAAAGCUGAUCAAUGUUUUAAAUUCAACAAUUUGGUCAUCAGAAGCGAUUGACUCUUCUUCUAAUCAAACAUUUCUCCGAAAAGCUCUCUUAAAUUUGCCAGCUUUUAAUAAGUCAAAUGUUAUGUUUAUGCUGUUACUUCUUAUAUGUUGGGAAGGUUGUGUUGCGUUGGCUACCAUUCUCAAACCUGUAUUUUCAUUCAUUCUUCGUUUACUACCCAUCGGAGGAAGGCAGCCAAAAUUGAAUUUACCAUAUUUUUGGUCGUUGAAGAAAGGAAUUAAAGAAAUGAACGAAGGUGAUUUGGAAGAUGCUCCGAAGAAGGAUUCGGAAUUUUUAUUGAAAGUAGAAUGGGAUACUCAUGAUAUGGUUGCCUUAUCAUGUUGUUCUAUUGUUGCUAUAUCACAUCUUUAUAAAAGACAUUGGAUAACAAAUAAUUUAUUGGGUAUUGCCUUUUGUAUUUAUGGCAUCGAGAAUUUACAUUUGGGAAGUUUCAAGGCAGGAGCAGUACUUUUAGCUGGAUUAUUCGUUUAUGAUGUAUUUUGGGUUUUCGCUACUGAUGUAAUGACAACGGUAGCAAAAGGAAUUGAUGCUCCAAUUCUACUGCAAAUGCCACAAGAUAUUUAUCGAAAUGGUUGGCGUGAUGCAAGCAAACAUGCUAUGUUAGGUUUGGGCGAUAUUGUGAUCCCAGGCAUAUUCAUCGCUUUACUUCGACGAUUUGAUCAUCGGAUUGGUUCUAUUAAAAAAUCACCCAAAAGAAACAGGCAUUAUUUCCUCAUAACCAUUGCUGCUUACGCUUUAGGGUUGUUUGUGACGAUGGCAGUUAUGCAUUUCUUUAAGGCAGCGCAACCAGCUCUUUUAUAUUUGGUGCCAACAUGCUUAUUCAUUCCAUUGAUGGUUGCCAAAUUUCAAGGAGAUGCACGGGAAAUGUGGAAUUAUUCUGAAGAACAUUUAGUCGAAAAGAAAUCUGAUGAAGUGGAAAAAGAAAAGAAAACGAAUUAA